AUGAAUACAAACUUGUCAUUUCUAAAAUUCACGAGGAGUUUGGUCAGACACAGAAGCUGUGGAAGGGCUUGUUCUCCUUCGGAGGUGCCCUCCAACACCAAACUCACUAUACUGCCUAACGGAAUCCGAAUAGCUACCGAAGAAACCAGAUCGCCACUAGCUUGUAUAUCACUCUUCGCUGAAGCCGGCUCCCGGUACGAAAAAGCUUGCAAUAAUGGCAUCUUCCAUUUCAUAGAACAUCUAAUCUACAAAGGUUUUAAAAGCAUGACAAAAAGUGAAUUGCAAGACUUAUGUUUUUGUUCGGGAAUCAAAUUCAGUGCAACUACAGGCAGAGAACUGCAAGUCUUUUCAGCGAGAUGCCUACCCGAAUGUAGUCUUAUCGUAAUUGACAUUUUUAGCAAAAUGCUAAAGGAACCAGCAUUUUUUGAAAACGAAAUAGAGAUGGAACGAUAUACCCUUACAAAAGAAUUGAUAGAUGCGGACAACGAUCCUAAACAAGUUCUAUUCGAUUAUUUACAUCAAACAGCCUUCCAAGGAACACCUUUGGCCCAACGAGUGAUCGGUUCUCAGCGAAAUUUGAAAUCAUUCGAUGCCGCAUAUUGUUCAAUGAUAAUAAAAGACCAUUACCAACCUUAUAAGUUGGCUUUCGUAAGUUCCGGCUGUGUUAAACAUGAUGAAAUGUCCCAGCAAGUUAACACCCACUUUGGCUGCAUGCAGGGAGAUCCAGCAAUGCAGUCUGACGAGGGAUCUUGUCGCUUUACCGGUUCCGAGGUUAUCUUUCGAGACGAUUCCUUGCCUUAUGCGCAUGUAGCACUCGCGUUUGAAGCUCCAGGGUAUAAUACAACGGAUUACUGGACUAUGUUGGCUGCGGCGUGUAUGUUGGGGUCUUUUGACAGGAGUCAAGGUAGGAGCGAGAAUCACGCCUAUCACUUAGCACAAGCCGGUGGAACUGGCAUUUGCGAGAGAUAUGAACCAUUUUAUAUCCCAUACCGAGAUGUUGGGCUUUGGGGAGUAUACUUCGUCGCGCAUAAAAUGCAUUUAGAGGACAUGCUGUAUAACGUGCAAAAGACUCUGAUGGGUCUCUGUACGAUGUCCCAAUUCUCUGAUGUGCAAAGAGGUGUGAAUGCUGCUAAGUUGUUGGUGGCUAGGAGUGUUCAGGGUACUAUAGAUUCUUGUCAUGAUGUUGGCUUCCAGAUCAUGUACCGAUGUGGACGGCAGUCUCUGCAGGAUUCAUAUGAUUGUUUGUCUUCCGUGAAUCAUAAUGUUUUGAGGGAAGUAUGUGAUAAGUACUUGUACGAUCGGUGUCCUGCCGUGGCGGCGGUGGGGCCGACUGAGAAUUUGCCGGAAUAUAACAGGAUUAGAGCUGGAAUGUACUGGCUUAGGCGUUAG